UAGCGCAACAAUUGUAAUGAGAAACCAAAAGUAAAGUUUCUGGUGAUCAUAGCGAUCUGACUCCCUCCUUCCGUCUGAACGUGGAAUAUUCCUGUUCCCAGGCUUGGGCCACUGACCCUUAACCUAGUUGUUCUGUGUUGUGUACUAGUCUAAUAAUUUGAACCUUGAUGGAAUAACCAUUUUAACCUACAUAUGGGCUGACAAGAAAUAGAGAAAAUUAGCAAAACUCUUAAUAAAGUUCACAAAAAUUGGAUGAAUAGAACCAAGUGUGAGAACACCCUAAAACUCACGACAAGGCAACUUUAAAGACUGUAAGAUCUGCUUCCUGAUUAUAGUAGUUUCCUGGCCGUGUGGUUAUUUUUGAGAACCCGAGGCAGAAUAUGCUGCUUUAAAGAGAAGAGAGAAUGAAGUAAGUAAACUUGAAUAUUACUAUUAACAGAGCAAGACAGAGGUAAUACUUAAAUAUAAAUGUGUACAUAGUAUUGAUUAAUAUUGUGGAACCCUGCUCACAUUUCCCCGAUUUCAUGAAAGGUUACUAAAUAUUACCUGACGAGAAAGUGAACCAUUACUGAAUGGAACAUUUUUAACUUUACAUGUAAGUCAAUCAGAAGUCAAAGUCAGAGCUUUACAUAUGUGUUAUUUGUUCAUCACCCCAUGGCCCCGACAUUGCGGACAAAUCCCCCAAACCCCCUUGAUUUCCUCUCAGCCAGUUUCUACUGGCUGUGACCUAGCAUUUGAACGGUUUGGGCUAUUACCUAUAUGACCCCAUUCCUGAAAGCUAAGACUGGUAUAUUUCCGAUAAAUAUGAUACGAUUCAAGUGUUUGUCAGUAGUUGAGUUCCAUUUCAGGGUGAGUAGUACUGCUUCUUAAAGUGAAAGCUGGUUUUAUACAGUGAACAUACAGUAUCUUUAGACAAUAUCUAAGAUACAACAGAAUAUACAGAUUUUUAGAGAAUAAUGUGUCUGUUCACUAUAGUAGGCCUACAUGCCUCUUACCACAGUUUGCAAUAAGACAAACACGUAAAGUUCCCCAUCUUACUCUUUGUUCAUUAAACUGUUAAUCAUUACAGUCCAAGCUUUGUCUAAGCCAGGAGGGGGUGGUAUACAAUGUUUAUAUAUAAUUUUGGGGGGGCAUUAAUGCUAUUAGCCCACACAAACGCAUUGAGUAACAGAUUCACUACAUGGAACAACAGAUAGUCCCCCCACAAACAAAAAAUCUAUAGGAAGUUUGUUCUGCAGUGUCUGACCUACACUACCUGUCAAAAGUUUUAGAACACCACUCAUUCAAUGGUUUUUCUUUAUUUUUACUAUUUUCUACAUUGUAGAAUAAUAGUGAAAACAUAACAACUAUGACAAGUCUCUGAAUGUCCUUGAGUUGCCCAGACAGAGCCCGGAUUUGAACUCGAUUGAACAUCUCUGGAGAGACCUGAAAAUAGCUGUGCAGCGACGCUCACUAUCGAACCUGACAGAACUUGAGAGGAUCUGCAUCAGAGAAACUCCCCACAUACAGGUGUGCCAAGCUUGUAGCGUCAUACCCAAGAAGACUCGUGGCUGUAAUCUCUGCCAAAGAUGCUUCAACAAAGUACUGAGUAAAGUGUCUGAACACCUAUGUAAAGUUGAUAUUUAAGUAGUUUUUUUUUUACAUUUGCAAAAAUGUUUUUAAUUUAUCGGGUAUUGUGUGUAGAUUGAUGAAAAUUUCUUUUUUUUUGGUCCAUUUUAGAAUAAGGCUGUAACGUAACAAAAUGUGGAAAAAGUCAAGGCGUCUGAAUACUUUCCAAAUGCACUGUACCCAGAGGAUGACGGAAACUAGUGUCCUCCGGCUAUACCAUGGUGCUACCCAAGAGAGUGCAGUUGAGGCUACUGUAAACCUUCAUUGCAAAACAGUGUGUUUUAAUCAAUUAUUUGGCGGCGUGAAUAUAUACUUAAAGUGUUUUUUAAUAACCAUGUAAGUCUCUCUCGGACUUAUCAAUAUAUUCGGCUAUAUACACUACCGGUCAAAAGUUUUAGAACACCUACUCAUUCAAGGGUUUUUCUUUAUUUGUACUAUUUUCUACAUUUUCUACACAUAUGGAAUCAUGUAGUAACCAAAAAAGUGUUAAACAAAUCAAUAGCCACCGUUUGCAUUGAUGACAGCUUUGCACACUCUUGGCAUUCUCUCAACCAGCUUCAUGAGGUAGUCACCUGUAAUGCAUUUCAAUGAACAGGUGUGCCUUAAGUUAAUUUGUGGAAACUCUUUCCUCCUUAAUGCGUUUGAGCCAAUCACUUGUGUUGUGACAAGGUAUGGGGGGUAUACAGAAGAUAGCCCUAUUUUGGUAAAAGACCAAGUCCAUAUUAUGGCAAGAACAGCUCAAAUAAGCAAAGAGAAAUGACAGUCCAUAAUUACUUUUAAGACAUGAAGGUCAGUCAAUACGGCAAAUUUUAAGAACUUUGAACGUUUCUGCAAGUGCAGUCGCAAAACCCAUCAAGCGCUAUGAUAAAACUGGCUCUCAUGAGGACCGCAACAGGAAAGGAAGACCCAGAGUUACCUUUGCUGCAAAGGAUAAGUUCAUUAGAGUUACCAGCCUCAGAAAUUGCAGCCCAAAUAAAUGCUUCACAGAGUUCAAGUAACAGACACAUCUCAACAUCAACUGUUCAGAAGAGACUGUGUGAAUCAGGCCUUCAUGGUUGAAUUGCUGCAAAGAAACCACCACUAAAGGACACCAACAAGAAGAAGAGACUUGCUUGGGCCAAGAAACACAAGCAAUGGACAUUAGACUGGUGGAAAUUUGUCCUUUGGUCUGGAGUCCAAAUUGGAGAUUUUUGGUUCCAACCGGCAUGUCUUUGUGAGACGCGGUGUGGGUGAACGGAUGAUCUCUGCAUGUGUAUUUUCCACCGUGAAGCAUGGAGGAGGAGGUGUUAUGGUAUGGUGGUGCUGGAUGACAUUCUCCAACCUAUCAGAGCUCUUUGUGCAUGAACUGACAUGUUGUCCACCCAAUCAAAGGAUCAUAGAAAGAAUCUAGUACUAAACCUAUUAAUGUUACAUUGAGCUGGGUGAAUGGAAUAUACAGUAAAUGAUAGUCAUCCAAUAUGCUGUAAUAGAAAUAAGGCCUUGAUCAACAACAACAAAAAAUGUCCUCCCCAAUCUUAAAUGGCACCAACCGCCACUGCUGCAUACUUAAUUUUGCUUGUUCAAGUUGGCUAUCCAUCCCCAUUUUUAAAUAGUGCCCCUCAUCCAAUUGCCAAAGACAUGCUCCUCCAAACGAUUCAGUCCUCCAAUAAUGCCAUAUCAACAGCACAUUGACACAAUUGACAGGGGCCUAGUAUUUUGUGUUUUGUGUGAACGUUAUGUACACAUUUAACUUGAUCUGUUGUUUAAUAGUGUCAAGUGAUCGAAAAUGGACACCUCAUCACCUGCUCCACCCACACCUGUCCCAGAGCGGUUGCUAGCUAUUCUACAACAACUGACCAGUGAGGAGUUGAAGACAUUUCAGUGGUACCUGAAACAGCCUGUUUCGGAUGGCUCAUCUACCAUUCCAGUUAGCAGGCUGGAAAAUGCUAAAAGAGAGGACACCGUGGAUCAGAUGGUGCAUGCCUAUAGGGAAGCUGGUGCUCUGGAGAUGGCACACCAUAUUCUGCAGAAGAUUAAACGGAAUGAUCUAGCUGUUCCAAUGUCAGGGACAGAACACCAAGCCACAGCAGGAGUAUCAGCCACAGCAGGAGUAUCAGCCACAGCAGGAGUAUCAGCCACACGAACCAGGCCCGACCUGAACACAAGCACCGUACCAGUUGAGGAUGUUCAGGAUGCUUCUGCAGAUCUCUCCAACCACACUGAGCCUGGAGAUCAUGUUAAGGAACAUGAUGUUAACUCUACAGAUGAUGGUCCGUCAUAUGAAGAUGUUGAGAAGUACCGACGUAAAUUCCAAUACAAACUGAAGGAAAAAAUUCAGCAUGUUUUCGAGGGGGUGCCAAAACAGGGAAAUAAAACACUUCUCAAUAAGAUCUACACAGAACUCUACAUCACAGAGGGUGGAAGUGAAGAGGUCAAUAAUGAACACGAAGUAAGACAGAUUGAGAUCGCAUCCGUCACACCAGCGGCGACAGAAGAAAAGGUGAUCGAAUGCAAUAACAUCUUUAAAUUUGUAACUGGACAAGACAAACCUACCAGAACUGUGCUGACGAAGGGAAUCGCUGGCAUUGGAAAAACAUUCUCUGUACUUAAGUUCAUUUUGGACUGGGCGGAAGGAAAAGCAAAUCAAGAUAUCCAGUUCAUAUUUUCACUGCCUUUUCGAGAGCUAAAUUUGGUGCGGAAGAAAAUGCUGAGUUUAGUGGAUCUUGUUCAUGAAUGCAUCAGAGAGGCAAAAGUGAUUGAGAAGGAAUUUCUCUAUCAGAUUUUCACAAAAUUACAAGACUCAGGAAACCCAAACUACAAUGAGAGCAAGUACAAAGUUCUAUUUGUCCUUGAUGGUCUAGAUGAGUGUCGAUUGCCUCUAAACUACAAGAAGAAUGAUAGCUGGGAUAAAGCUACAGAGCCAACCUUAGUGGAUGUGCUUCUGAAAUCCCUCAUCAAUGGCAAUCUGCUUCCCUCUGCUCGCCUCUGGAUAACCUCCAGACCUGCAGCAUCCAAUCAGAUUCCUUCUGGGUGUGUUGACCAAGUGACAGAAGUACGAGGGUUCAAUGACCCACAGAAGGAGGAGUACUUCAGGAAGAGAUUCAGUGAUGAGAAUCUGGCAAACAGAAUCAUCUCACACAUUAAGACAUCAAGGAGUCUCCACAUCAUGUGCCACAUACCAGUCUUCUGUUGGAUCUCAGCUACAGUUCUGGAGCGCAUAUUGAGUACAGAUACGAAUGGAGAAAUACCAAAGACUCUGACUCAAUUAUUCCUUGGUUUACUGGUGUUUCAUGCUAAACAGAUGAACGAGAAAUAUAAUGAGAAAGACGAGGGAGAUCCACACUGGGAUAAAGAGAGCAUUAUGGCACUGGGAAAACUGGCUUUUCAACAGCUAAAAAAUGGCAACCUAAUUUUCUAUGAGUCAGAUCUGCAAGAGUGUGGCAUUAAUGCCAGAGAAGCUUCGGUUCGCUUGGGAGUGUUCACACAGCUCUUCAGAGAGGAUUAUGGGCCGUUCCAGGAGAAGGUGUACUGCUUCGUGCAUCUGAGCAUCCAGGAGUUUCUGGCUGCGUUGUAUGUCUUUUUAUCAUUCAACAACAACAAUGUAAACCUAAUGAACAAAGACCUUUCCGCCAUCAGAAAAAUUCUUGGGAAGUUUACAUUAAAACCUGCCUUCACCUUUCACAAGAGUGCUGUGGAUAAAGCCUUACGGGGUAAGAAUGGACACCUGGACCUGUUCCUCCGCUUCCUUCUGGGCCUCUCACUAGAGUCCAAUCAGUCUCACUUACAUGGCCUACUGACACCGACAAGGAGCACGAGAAGCAGCUCUCAGUGCCACGAGCAAACAGUCAAGUACAUAAAGAGGAAGAUCAGAAAGAAUCACUCUCCAGAGAAGUGCAUCAAUCUGUUCCACUGUCUAAAUGAACUAAAUGACCAUUCACUGGUGAAGGAGAUCCAAAACUACCUGAGCUCAGGAAAUGUCUCCAGAGAAGAACUCUCACCUGCACAGUGGUCAGCUCUGGUCUUUGUGUUGUUGACUUCAGAAGAGGAGCUGGUUGUGUUUGAUCUGAAGAAAUACUCCAGAUCAGAAAAGGGGCUUCUGAGACUGUUGCCAGUCGUCAAAGCCUCCAGAACAUCUCUGCUGAAUGGAUGUAACCUCACAGAGAGAUGCUGUGAAGCUUUAGCCUCAGCUCUCAACUCCUCCCACCUGAGAGAGCUGGACCUGAGUGACAACAGCCUGACGGAUUCAGGAGUGAAGCUGCUCGCUGUUGGACUGGAGAAUCCGCACUGUAAACUUGAGACACUGAGGUUGUCAUUUUGUGGAGUCACAGCGAAAUGCUGUGCUUCUCUGGCCUCAGUUCUAAAGUCGAACUCUUCAAACCUGAGAGAGCUGGACCUGAGUGACAAUGACCUGCGGAAUUCAGGAGCGGAACUGCUCUCAGCUGGACUGGAGAAUCCACACUGUAAGCUUGAGACACUGAGGUUGUCAUUCUGUGGAGUCGCAAAGAAAGGCUGUGCUUCUCUGGCCUCAGCUCUGAGGUCAAACCCCUCACACCUGAGAGAGCUGGACUUGAGCUACAAUCACUCAGGAGUGAAUCUGCUCUCUGCCCUAUUAGAGGAUCCCUGCUGUAAACUGGAGAAACUCAACAUGGGAUCUGGAGAUUUCAGAACCCAACCAGGUCAAAUUAAAUAUGCACGUGAUCUCACACUGGACCCAAACACAGCACACAGACGCCUCUCUCUGUCUGAGGGGAACAGAAAGGUGACAUGGGUGGAUGAGAAGCAGCGGUAUCCUGAUCACCCAGAGAGAUUUGGGAACUGUGAACAGGUGCUAUGUAGAGAGGGUCUAUCUGAGCCUGGGCCUUGUUACUGGGAGGCAGAUUGGAAUGGGGAAUGGGCUGUUAUAGGAAUGGCAUAUAAAGGAAUCAGCAGGACAGGAGGGCGUAAAGACUGUGUGCUUGGAUACAAUCGUAAGUCUUGGAGUUUGGAGUCCUCUAAUCACAGUAACACCACCUGGCACAAUAAUAACUGCAAUGAGUUUCCCGUCCAAUCCUCCCCUUACUACAGAGUAGGAGUGUAUCUGGACUGGCAGGCCGGCAUUCUGUCCUUCUGCAGAGUCUCCUCUAACAUACGGACACACCUGCACACAUUCCACACCAAAUUCACUGAGCCCCUCUACCCAGGGUUUUAUGUUGGGAGUGGCUCCUCAGUGACUCUGAGGUAAAAACUUUGCAUUAGGACAGCGGCAGUCUUGUUAUUAUUGGUGUUUGUAAAUAAUGAUAUUCGUAGAGUGUUUUGUGAAACUCUGCUUCGGUUUGAACUCAGUUACACUGAAUGGAAUUUUCAUGGUACAUAUUUUGCCAUGAACUUGGUAUCUGUGUGACCGAUUAUCACAAAUUCAACAUGACACUGGAGAUACAGUAUAUUACAGACACCAGGAUUGCAACCCAACCGGUUACUGGUAAGACAAAUGCACAGACAGACUGCUACAACUCUAAGUAGUGCUACUGGUUACACUCAGAACACUAGUGCACAAAAAACUAUAUCUGAAAGACUUUGAACACUGACUUUUGAGAAAAAGGGAAAAAAAGACUCACAACCAAAGUGGAAAAAAGACCAUUGGAGAUAUUAUUUUUCAGUAUGUAUUGAUAUUAACUGUUGUAAGAGUGUAAGUAUUGUUUAUUAGGUCAUUCUAACAGUUGCCGCUGUAUAUACUGGGAUCACUGUGAUUAUACUAUUAUGUUAUUUGAAGAUGUCACACUUGAAAUAAACUGAAAAGAUGUACAGGUGUAGGAUCUUAAUUUGAUCACUUUUGUUGCUGAGAAUUUUACUGCACGGCAGGAAAUGCAAACUUGUAGUGAGUUUUAAAAAGGCUUCUAAAGUCUGGAAUUUGACAUUUCAUCAACCCCCUACAAACAUUUUCAAUUCACCUUUCCCAAUUCACAUUUCCUGUUGCUGCAGGAUUCUUUUCCUGUUGUAGCAAACGGUCUCAAAUGAAGAUUGCAACUGUCUCACCACAGUUUAUAUGACCGCAACAUCAGGAGUUGAGCAUAAGCAUACCUUUAGCAAUUCAUUAUUCACGAAUUCAUUAAAAACGUAUAUUAUUCAUUCCAUGUUGAUUAUGUGAAAGGGAAACGCAUGGAGAUUUGUUUAAAUUAUAUUUGUUUAAUCCGACAACGCCAUGGCAUCGGCCCACGCCAGCUUGUGAAUGUAUCCCGUGUGGUUCAGUUGGUAUAGCCUGGCACUUGCAAUGCCAGGGUUGUGGGUUUGAUUCCCACAGGGGACCAGUGUGAAGAAUGUGUGAACGCACUACUGUAAGUAGCUCUGGAUAAGAACCUCUGCUAAAUGACUAAAAUGUGAUAUUUAACACAUCGUCAAUCCAAUAACAUAUUAGCCUACAGUACAGUAGGCCUAUGUCCAAUAGUGAACUGAGCAUGAUGAAAGAGUAAAACCUAUAGUUUGUGAUAUUGGAGUAUUUGUAUUUAUAUUACAAAAUGCGGAUUAAAUUUAUGUUAUGACAUGUUUGACCACCA